GUCCUCUUUACAUCCCCGUAGCUUGCUGCUCCGGUGAUAGCUCCCCGCUGCUUACAGCCAUCUUUAAAAGAAGACAUGUCAGUGUUCUGUGAGGUCCCGCUUGCAGCCCCCGUGGCUGUCUUUAAACUAACGCAGGACUUCAAUAACGACCCGUUUCCAAAUAAGGUGAACCUCGGGGUGGGAGCGUACAGGACGGAUGAGGGCAAGCCGUGGGUUUUGCCGGUGGUGAAGAAGGUGGAGAAGAUCAUCGUGCACGACGACAGGCUAAACCACGAGUACCUGCCCAUCCUGGGCCUCGCCGAGUUCACAUCGUCCUCCUCCAAGAUCGUGUUGGGGGACGACAGUCCCGCCAUCCGGGAGAACAGGGUGGGCGGUGUCCAGUGUCUCGGUGGUACCGGCGCUUUGAAGAUUGGCGCAGAGUUCCUGAGGCGAUUCUACAAUGGGAGCAACAACACAAAAACACCCGUCUACGUGUCCGCACCUACUUGGGAAAAUCACAAUGCCGUGUUCAGCAGUGCCGGGUUUGAGGACGUGCGCCCGUACAAAUACUGGGACGCAGAGAAGAGAGGACUCGAUUUGUCCGGUUUCCUCAGGGACUUGGAAAGUUGUCCGGAGCACUCCGUCUUUGUCCUGCAUGCCUGUGCCCACAAUCCCACGGGAACCGACCCCACACAGGAGCAAUGGAAGCAGAUAGCUGAAGUCAUGAUGAGGCGAAAGCUGUUUGCGUUUUUCGACUCGGCCUAUCAGGGGUUUGCCUCUGGUAACCUUGAGAAGGACGCUUGGGCUGUCCGCUACUUUGUCUCUAAGGGCGUCGAAAUGUUCUGUGCUCAGUCUUUCUCAAAAAACUUCGGACUCUACAAUGAGCGCGUGGGCAACCUGACAAUCGUGGCGCGGGAUGCAGAAAACCUGAAGAGAGUUCUCUCCCAGAUGGAGAAGAUUGUGAGGACCACCUGGUCCAACCCGCCGUCUCAGGGAGCUCGCAUUGUUGCGGUGACGCUUAGCUCCCCAGAGCUGUUUUCAGAAUGGAAGGACAAUGUGAAGACGAUGGCGGACCGAGUCUUACUGAUGAGGGCCCAGCUUAAAGCCAAGCUCCAGUCUCUGGGAACGCCGGGGACCUGGGACCACAUCACAGACCAGAUCGGCAUGUUCAGCUUCACAGGCCUCAACCCCAACCAAGUGGAGUAUAUGGUGAAGGAGAAACACGUCUAUUUGAUGGCCAGCGGCCGCAUCAACAUGUGCGGCUUGACCAGCAAGAACAUCGACUACGUGGCCGAGUCCAUCCAUGAGGCUGUUACCAAGGUGCAGUAGGGUAGUCUCCCAGCUGUCACCGCUUCCUGCAGCCCCACCCCGAGGAGCUGACUCCACUUUUUCCCCACAGAUUUGCUUAUUCGCACAUAUUCACCCAUGGCUUUCCUGGAUUUUAAUUCCCUGCGUUAGGAUAGGUUACACACAUCCUGAGCCGGGAUGUUGCUUUGCUUUGCAGACAUUUUUUUUUUUUUUCAUGCACCAAACUGAUGUCAUAGAUCAGGGUCUUUGUUCCAUCAUGUUCAUUUUGUUGUUUGUUUUUAUGUCAUUAGAAAAGUCUUGAAAAGAGGGAUAACUUGUCUUUCGUUUUGUUGCAAAUUCCUAAGAAUCGUCUUCACCAAUGUUGGAAAAGUUAAAAGCAAUACAACAGAGCAGCAUUACCAAGGACCAAUUUACCUUAUGAUCCAGCUAUUGUGAAUGACUGAUCUAAAAAUGAUUCUGAAUGAAAUGCAAACUGUUGUUCUCAGGAAUGUAUUUCCCCUUUACCCGUGUCAUUUAUUGUUAACCUGUGCAAUUAUAGUUUCUUCUUCUUCUAAAA